GAUGAACUCGACACGUCUUUAUUAGUUGAGGAAGAGUCAAUCCCCACAUACAAACCGGAAUUGUUCUAUCCAGCUCACAUCGGUGAUGUCUUUAAUCACCGAUAUCAAGUGGUUGGCAAGUUGGGCUACGGAUCCAGCUCGACAGUGUGGUUAUGCCGAGACUUACGGGAGCGUCGGUACAUAACCUUGAAAAUUUACACAGCGUCCAAAACAGUGACUCGUGAGAUCGAAGCUUACAACCAUAUAAAAACCAUUCAGUCCGAUCACGCGGGUCAGUCAUGCCUGCGAUCGCUCAUUGACACUUUCCAGGCUCGAAGUCCAAAUGGAAAUGGCGUCCACACUUGUCUGGUGCAUCCACCCCUUGGUAUCAGUCUCGAUCAACUUACGAAGCUCCUCCCCAAGGGUGUUAUGACCAGUGCGAUGGUGAGAACGACUAUCCGGAAUGUUCUUGCAGCCUUGGACUUCCUCCACACCGAGGCCCGGGUUAUUCAUACCGAAUUUCACUCGCCUAUACCGCGAAAGGUUCUUGGAGAUCGUACCAUUUACCUUUCACGACCGCUUCCCAUCUCUUUAGGGACGCCUGUUCUCUGUGAUCUAGGCGAGGCUCGACUAGGAACCGAUCAGCAACAGGGCGAUAUCAUGCCGGACCUCUAUCGUGCCCCGGAGGUUAUCGUGGAGAUGAAUUGGGACUAUAAAGUUGACAUUUGGAAUGUCGGCAUGGUGAUCUGGGAUCUCUUUGAACACCGACAUCUUUUCCGGGCCCGAAAUCCCGAUCAUAAAUUGGACGAUCGAUAUCAUCUUGCAGAGAUGCAGGCAGUUCUAGGAAGCCCUCCUCUUGAGUUCCUCGCUCGGAGCGAAAGAAGCCGCGACUUUUGGGAUGAAAAAGGUCAAUGGAAAGGCGCAGCUCUUGUCCCAGAUUAUAAUCUCGAGGCACUAGAAGAAAGACUGGGCGGUGAUGAAAAGGACGAAUUCUUACGAUUCCUCCGACGAAUGCUAUGUUGGCUGCCAGAGGAGAGAGCCACGGCAAAGGAGCUAUUAUUUGAUCCGUGGCUAAUGCAAGGGCUCUUCAAGUGA